AUGUCUACCUCAUUGCUUAACUUGUCAUAGUUUAUAUUGAAAAUAAUCAAUUAACUAUAAAAUACUGUUUUCAAUGAGAAAUAGGGUUUGAAAAUAAAGAGGAAAUAUGUGUUCCAAUUUGUGGAGAUGGUAUUUUCAUAUAAAGAAUGCGAUGAUAUGAAUUUAAUUUAUUAUGAUGGUUGUUUUGAUUUUAAUUAUCAAUGCAGUCAAGAUUGUUUAGUUUGUUAUAAAGGAAUAUGUCUAAAAAGAUGUUCAAAAAAUAUGAUUGUUUUCGAGAAUUAAUGUAAGCCAAUAUGUGCAUAAAUGAUGGUUGAUUAUGAAAUAGAAUGCGAUGAUUAUAAUAAUAUAGAAUAUCAUGAAUGUUUUAAUUGUAAAUUCUAAUGUGCACUUUAUUGUGAAGUAUCCUAUUGUGAAAAAGGUAUUGGUCUUAAAUUCAUUUCAGAGUCUAUAUAAUAAAACUAAUAAUCUUUAAUUCAUGAUUUGGAUGGUAAUCUAAAAAAUAUGUUAAUAAUUAGAAAAAUAGUUGGAUUUGUAAUGA